AUGUCUGCAGCAAAAGCAACUCCUGUCCUCGACUCUGCAGAUGCCAUCGACCGAUUCCUUCGCGGAUCUGCGGCAGCCUCUGCCUGGACACCUUCUCCCACCAUCAAAGGAGUUACGCCAGUCAAGGGAGGUUCGACGAACCACACAUUCAGGCUACAUUUUCACAAGCUACUUGAAUCGACUGGUGUUCCUGGAGACUCCUUUUCCCCUACAAGCGCCAUUUUCAAGUACUUCCCUGACAACAUUCUUCUGACCCCGGAAAUCAGCUUCAGUAGCGGGCGCCAGGCCUUCGAAGCUCGCGCUCUGACUGAUCUCGCCAAGCAUCUAGACUCUGCACCACGAAAGGGCGUUCAGGUCAGCCUACCCAAGUUACUGCACGCAGAUUUGGAUGAACAUUUCAUCAUCGUCGAGGAUCUAAGCCCAGAAUGCGACCUUGGCCAUCUGAAUCCCAGGGCUUCAAUCAACUGCGCACAGUUUGUUGGCCAGGUGGGCACAGAUCCGUCCAAGACUCGGGCCGCCGUCAAUGUUGCUCGAGCUCUGGGGACCUGGCUUUUCAACUUACACUCCCUUGGCCGGGAAAUGCGACUGAAGCUCCCAAGACAACGUUCCUAG